UCAACGUCCCCCUCGAGGUUCCAAAACACACUCAUCGUUCCUCUCUUGUCAAUUUCGGACGGAAAUAAAAUAAUAAAAAAUACAGCAGCAAUGCUUAUCAGCUAGAUGUACCAUCACCUAAGCUCUCCAGCUGUAUAUUCCUGUUUAUCUUAGCUUGGUUGAGUCGGCCUUUCCGAUCAUUUCUGCCAUGGAAGAAAGAACAAGCAUGCUUCUGCAGGCGGUUCUGAAAUACUUGGUAUUUGGGCUAAACCCAACCUUCUUCGUUUCUCUCUUUUGCUUCAUGAUCGCCAUCUUGUUGCUCAUCAAACUCCAAACAAACAGAAGAAACAACCCCAACCUGCCUCCUUCCCCACCAAAAUUUCCGUUCAUAGGCAAUCUUCACCAGCUUGGCACUCUACCACAUCGUUCUCUCACAGCUCUAUCCCACAAGUAUGGCCCUAUCAUGUUGCUCCGCUUAGGUCAAACCCCAACUCUGGUGGUUUCUUCUGCAAACAUGGCCAGAGAAAUAACCAAAUCCCACGACGUCAUUUUCUCCGGUAGGCCUCAAACCACAGCUGCAAAAAUACUUCUCUAUGGAUGCACGGAUAUCGGUUUCUUACCCUAUGGUGAAGAGUGGAGGCUCAAGAGGAAAAUUUGUGUUCUUGAACUUCUCAGCCUUAAAAGGGUUCGGUCCUUUCAGUACAUCAGAGAGGAGGAAGUUGCGGAUUUGGUCAAUAAGAUUCGUCAAGCAUGUGCUGAGCAUGAUGACAGGGCUUCUGUAAACAUGUCUCAGAUGAUUCUUGCAACUUCAAACAACAUCGUGAGCAGAUGUCUUCUUGGACAGAAGUUUGAUGCGGCAGAUGGUAAAAGCAGCUUUGGCGACUUUGCGAGGAAAGUGAUGGUCCUAAUGCAAGCUUUCAGUUUUGGAAACUUCUUCCCCUCAUUGAGAUGGAUGGACGUUGUUACUGGGUUAAUUCCCAAGUUGAAUUCUACGUUUAGAGAAUUAGAUGCUUUCUUCGAUGAGGUGCUCGCUCAGCAUAAGGCAGCUAAAAGGAAUGAGGGUGGUCACGAAUCAGAAAAGAGAGACUUCGUUGAUAUUCUCCACAAACUUCAACAAGAUGAUCUGCUAGAUAUCGAACUUAACCAAUCCGACCUUAAAGCCAUGAUAAUCGAUUUGUUCGUGGGCGGAAGUGACACAACUUCGACAGCUCUGGAAUGGGGUUUUGCAGAGCUCAUGAAGAAUCCAAGAGCAUUGAAGAAAGCCCAGGAAGAGGUGAGAAGAGUGGUGGGGAAUAGAUCCAAAGUGGAAGAAAGUGAUGUGAAGCAAAUGAAGUACUUGGAAUGUGUGGUCAAAGAAACUCUAAGGUUACAUCCUCCGGUUGCUCUUUCGGUGCCAAGAGAGACAACAUCAGGUGUGACUUUGGGAGGGUACUAUAUUCCUCCAAAAACAACUGUAUUUGUGAAUGCGUGGGGAAUUCAAAGAGAUCCUGAAUUUUGGGAAAGCCCAGAAGAGUUUGUACCGGAGAGAUUUGAGAACAGCCAAGUUGAUUUCAAAGGUCAAGACUUUGAAUUCAUUCCUUUUGGUACGGGAAGAAGGGGAUGUCCAGGAAUUUCGUUUGGGAUCGCAUCACUUGAUUAUGUGUUAGCUAAUCUGUUGUAUUGGUUCGACUGGAAGCUUCCCAAAACAAGUAAUAGAUCCGCCCAAGAUGUAGACAUGAGUGAGACAUUCGGUCUUACUGUCGUUAAGAAACUCCCAAUUUGUGUCCAACCAAUACUGUACGUACCUGAUAUAGCAUCCUAGUUUUGGGCUUUUUAUUUGUGGUGGAGUUCAUGCAUGAUAUGUGUUUCAGAUUUGUUUUGGUAGUUUAUUUUAAAUAAAAAUUGCUAACAAGGUUGAUGUAGUGGAUUCAAUAUAUAUGUGUGGAUUUUUAAUUUGGUUUAUGCUUGCAUUGUUGGAGAAAUUUGAUGCGAUACUUGUACA